AUGGCCGCGGCGGCGCCGGAGGCUGCGGCCGACGUUGCGCCGGAGGCGACGCUGAGCGUCUACAAGGCGGCACGGCGCAUCAAGCGGCUGGCGAGCACGCUGUACAACGCGCUGCGGAGCGUGGCGGAGGACGCGGCCUUCGUGGCGGAGGUCGCGGCGCUGUGGCCCUCGCUGCCGCUGGUGGCCAACCUCCGCUGCGGCCUCUGGUACGCCCCGCCCCGUGCCUUCGCUGCCACCUGCUACUUCAAGUCCACGGACGGCCACGCCGGGAACUGGUCCUUCUCCACUGCCCGCCUCAACCUCCACCUCGCCCUCCUCGCCGGGGAGAGAGGAGGGUGCAUAAUAGUUGAUUCAACAAGGAGAGGGAAACGAUUCCCUGAUAGCAUGUCAAAGACCAUACCCAUUUGGUGCUCUGUCCUGAACCGAGCGAUUGAGAGGCAUCGGUUGCGUGCUAUCCGCAAAAGCGUCGAAGUGAAUUAUCAAGUGUCAUCUACUCUGCUGAAUGGAGAUGCUGAAAAUAACUCUGAUUUAUCUAAUUGGGAUAGCUCAGUGCACCUUCCUGUGUGGGUUCUAGGCACUGAGAAAAAUGCUAUAGAGGGGCGUAUUGAUGAAUGGACAGACCAAUUUGAAUCAUGUGGUGCAGAUUUUCUUUCUCUUGCAAUAGGAUUGCAAAAGCCGCUACGUCCUCUAUGGAUCUCACAAAGGACACGCAUAUGGUUAAAUGAAGUGCCGGAGCUUGAGUCAUGGAAUUUCACUCCUAUUAUUCUAAUUUCUGCAUCUGCAUCUGAUGCAGUUGCUACACAGAGAAUGUCUUCAGAAUUCAGCUGGCACUAUAUUCCCGGAGCAGGAGAUGAUGAAGAGAGUUGGGCACGUGGUCUAACUCCUACCUUAUUCUGGAAGCAUUCAUACGACCUUCUUGAUGCUGGACCAGAUCAUUGUAACCAGUUAGUUGCAGACAUUGUUGAAAAAGAUAGGGUUUAUCGUUCACAGAGAGGUGAACAUUGUCCUCAAAUUACAUCUAAGUCUCUGAAGAGCCUUGAUGGUGCCAAAUGUAAUGAUGUUCAGACAAGCGAGAUGUGGGCUAUGAACUUGGAUCCUUGUACCAGUACAAUGGAUGCACAAUGUUCUAAUAAUGGUCUUCCAUUCUUUUGGAUUGGAACAUCGAACCUUGCAGUAUCAUCUACUUUCCAAGUUGGAGAUGCCUUAGUUGGUGUGGAUUGCAUACUGAACUGUGACAGCACGUCAAAGCUACCUUCUAAUUCAUCAGAAAAUUCUUACCUUGAGCUAUCUAUUGUGGGCUCAAAGGAUGACCGAUUUUCAUUGAUGAGAAACCUUCCAAAAGCAGUUGACUUUGCAAAGAGGAAUUUGAUUGCUGGGAGAAAAAUCCUUGUGUGCUGUCAAAAUGGAGAAGAUAUAAGUAUUUGUGUGGCCUUGGCAAUAUUGGCCUUGUUAUUUGAUGAUAACGGAUGCUUUGACUAUGGAAAUUAUUUUGUCAAAAGAGAUGUCACAAAGUUGGAGAUGAGGAAGAGGCUGGUAUUCAUCUGCAAAUUUGCUGUAAAUGCACGGCCAUCUAGAGGAAACUUGAAACAGGUGUAUGGUUUCCUCAGCAGUCAAAAGGAACAGCUGUCAUGUUUGACAUAG